AUGGUUGUAACAGUGAAAGUUAAUUCUCAAGCCACCGGCAUAAUAACUCCACCAACAACAUCAGCUUUAAUAUCACAUCCUUUUCAAGAUUCCUUUAUAGAUAGUAUAGAUAAACUGGAACCAUUCAUUUAUGCUUUUCUUAUGAUUAUAAUAAUUGCUUUGUUUGCAUUGUCCUUUCGUUUUUGUCGUGACAAGAAUAAGAGUGACGAUCCUGAAAAAGAUGUAGAUAUCACUCCGCGAGAAGUUAGAAAGUCUAAAAAAUCACUUGAAAAAUCACUUAAACUUGUGAUUCCUAGAAGCAUUGAUAAAGCACUAACUCGAAAUACUUCUGGAGAUGAUUUAUUGCUGCGUCCUCCAUUACCACCUACUCCACCUACUCCAACUACUCCAACUUCACUUUUUGAAGAAGAGCGUCCCCCAUUAGCGCGUACUCCAACCACAGUUUCUUCUUUCACGGAAAUAUUUGAUUCUAAUAGUUAA